AGUUUCGAGGCACUGAUCAUCUGCGAAGUCAGUCUUCCAUCAUCGUCUCAUCCAAUCGUGGUUUUACAGACGCUGCAGCUGUUGCGCAUUCUUCCACCAUUCCCAAGUGGCCCUAAGUUUUUGGAAUUGGAGGUAGCGAACGCAGAGGAGGAAGCGAGCAGGAGCAGGAGCAGGAGUGAUUAGGUUUCCGAGAGAGAGACAGAGAGAGAUGGCGAUUCCGUUGUGUGUGCAGUGUGGAACGCACCAGAACCCGUGUCGGUGCAAGAUCGUUGGCCCGACGCUGGGAGUGGUGGCGUUCCUGAUCACCGCCGUGGUGGAGUGGCCGCUGGGCGCUGCAUUGUAUUGCUUCAGGAAACAGAAGGCGCGGCGUCUACUGCACCACCCCAACCGCGUCGUGUACCCUCGAGUCUCGGGCGCCAUCCCGUUCUAAGCUCCGAGCUAGCGAGAGCGAUUGGGUCUCAUCCCGCAACGACCCAGAAGUAAUGCGGGUCUUGUCGAGGCUCACGAGCGACGGUCUUGGCGUCUCCAUGUUCCGUCACGCCGAGAUUUAUCACUGCGGCAGAUUUUUGAACCACCGACUACAAUGUCAUGCGGCAACGCAAAAUGUACAUACUGUUAUUAUUUAGAGAGAAAUAAAAUUGCAUUGUAAUCUUCAUUCCGUGA